AUGACUGAAAGAACUCAAUUCCAGCAGCCUUUUAACCAGGACUCUGGAGCUGGCCCUCCCAGUCAUUAUGUUGAGACCAACCGGUCUAUAGAUCCUCGCACUUCCCUUGAGGACUAUAACCGUACUAUGCUGCACUACACCCAGCUCCAGAUGUCCUCUUUCGUCGAUCUUGACGUGCCCGGCGGCGCCCGUGGAAGCGGCACUAGCAGCCGCAGUAGCCAAAGUUCUGGCAACAGCGGCAACAGCAACACUUCAUCCAAUGGUGUCUUGGCUAACCAGGCCAACGGUCCCCCACCAACCUCUGCUGGAUCUUCUACCGAUGGAUGCGAUAAAUAUCAGCAAGCUCGGAUGAAGCCAUCCGCUAACCGGGCCACGUCUGGUUACUAG